GGCCCUGACGAAGCUGGCCAGAUGAAAUCUAUGGCUCCCGCGUCCCGGGGCUGACAAGAUGCUGCCUCCUGGUUUAUUCAUAUUCUGCUCCCUGCUAACGAGCUCAUUAUGUGUUAUAGCACCGCAAAUACCAGACUUCAAAACCGGUGACAGUAAGAUCAUCAACGGGCCGUUCUGGCACGAGGUGUUCACUGAGAUAUACGAGGAUCCAGAGGAAGAGGUGUCCACGACGACGUCCGAGCCGCUGCCCUUCUUCGAAGAUGACGCUUCCACGAAUAACGUGACUGCGCAAUUGGGUAGCCGCGUGCAUCUGCAUUGCAGAGUUCAUGACUUGGGGGAGAAGACGAUAUCCUGGGUACGUCGGAAAGGGGAGGACCUCCACCUCCUGUCCUUCGGCCGGCACACAUACUCCGCGGACUCACGGUACUCCCUCGCGUUCGAGCAGCCGAAUGAUUGGCGCCUGCUCAUUCAGUAUGUGAGUGAACGGGACGAAGGAUAUUACGAGUGUCAGAUAUCGACGCACCCGCCGCUCGUUCGACGUGUGCAUUUGAGCGUUGUUGUUCCAAAAGUGGAGAUCAUAGAUGAACGUGGUCGGCCUCUGCAGGACAAGUUCUACAAGGAAGGCUCCAUUAUAGAACUGCGAUGCAUCGUCAGUGAGGUGCCUCAGCCAGCGAGACAGGUCAACUGGAAACAUGGGGGAAGAUUGCUAAACUAUGACACGAAGAGAGGGGGGGUUAGUGUGAAGACGGAAGCCACAGCGAACGGUGCCCUCUCCCGACUGUAUAUAGCUAACGCUAAUAGGAACGAUUCCGGAAAUUACACAUGCUCGCUCGCUGACGUCGCCGCGUCAGCUGUAUCAGUCCAUGUGUUGAGAGGCGAGAACCCUCUAGCGAUGCAACGCGGCGACGCGUCUAUGUUACAUCCAUCGCUUGUUAUGUUCGUUGCAUUCGUCAGCUGACGUUUGUUGGGCGCGUAAUGUACGCGCUGUGUAUAAAUAGUCGUAGCUAGCUCGUAUCGAUCGGAGUUCUUGGUGGAUGCUUUUGGGUUUUGUAAGGUUUCGUUUGAGUUAAUUUGUUUGAUGUUAGGUUGCUUUUAAACGGGUUUUAUGAAGACAAUCAUGUUUUUCGGGGAAAAAUGUCUGGAUCAUAAUACAAUUUUGGGUUUUGAUAAAAACAGUUUACAUUAUAAUAAAAUUCUUAAAGAUUAUUAUGGAUUCUGUAACUCAAUCAGUUCUCUUUAAUAAUGAUAAUAAUUUUGUACAAGAUAUAUUAUACUUUAACCAAAAAUAAAAUCUGAUAUUUCACAAGUCUUGAACAGGAAAAGUUUUUCACUUCCGUCCUCUGUUUACAUGGCGUGAAAA